GCAGGUGAACAGGUUGCGGUGGGGUUACAGACAGCUGACGAGCCAGGGCUUUCCUGGGAUGAGCCUUGGUGCUGCCGGAGUUUGUUACCCUGGGUGCCCCCUGUGUGUUUCCCUGACUGGCCGCGCAGGGCGUGCGAGCAGUUUGUCUGGAGGCAAGUACUGGUUUGCAAGAAGGAAUUACAUGGACUUGCAAGACCUCAGGAUAAGCAAAGGCAUAUUUUUGGAGCUCUGCACAUUGGUUGCUUCAGGGCUGCUGGAUAUUAGUGGACUACUUUUCAUCCGUUCAGCAUAUGGCCAUUCCCUUCUGGAGACUUACAGCCCUUGGAUUAAUUCUACUGAUCUGAAGUUUUCCUGACCUUGUGGAGAGCUACUAAUCUGUGCUCUUUUUCCAAGGAAAACGUCGGGUGUGGUAACUGGGCGACUGACCUGGCACUCAUCAGAGAAACUCUGCUAUGCAUCAGGCGUGCUUUGUAGUCAUGAAUACAUGCUGGAGGAGAAAUUGCCCUCCUGGUCUGAAAAACGCUAUGCUGACCUCUGCGCGCUGGAUGAAGGCCCUAAAACUAAGUGGACCCUACUGACCUCUGAACCACAAAGGAUAAGAGUGAAAAGAAGUGGGAGAAGCACGCGAAGAAAAAGGAAGUGGAUGCACUUUCAUCCGGACUUCUUUCCUACCCUUUAUUACUAGAACUGAAUGGAAAAGAGAGACUUCUGUGCCUUUCCUCCCCCAGCCUCAGGGAUGGGUGGAUUGUGAAUACGGUUUGUGCAGCUGGGAGAAUAGUCUGAACCAUGAAUCUUCAGGCUCAGCAAAAGUCCUCAAGCAAAAGGACUGGGAAACGAAUUGCCUAUUUUAAUGAGCAGGAAAUAGCUGUGUCAUCAAAAGAACCACAGCAGCAACUUAAGGAAGGACAGUACUAUGGGCAUGGAGGGAAUAUACCAGUUUCCCAAACUAUGGAGAUUUCCCACGCAGGGGGAUUAACAAGCGCCCCCAACAAUGUUGCUUUGAUAAACUCUGUUUACAAUCAAGAUCGCGGAGAAUCGAUGUUGAUGUCCCAGCCAGAGACAGCAGUCAGGUGGCAGAAUUCAUUGAUGGGAAAUCGGUUGCCAGAGAGGAGUGACUCCCACUGGCAGUCUCCACCUGCUAUGUGGAACCACAGUAUGGUUUUUGGGGGCAACCCAAAAGGACCGCAUUCCAAUGCUGGUGCCCCUGGUUUCUAUGGCCAUCCUGAAGCCCUUAAAAGAAAUCAAGAGAAAGGAGUGUUUGUGUCACAGCUGGACUUUUAUGAAGAUGCUGUCCAGCAGAUGAUGUCCCAGAAGGCUCAGCUGGAACAGCAAGCCCUAGUUAGACAGCAGGCCCAGAUGAAUUCUUUUCACCACAUGCAGAAGCAGCAGCAGCAGAAUCAAAGUCUGCCAUUGCAGCCUUUCCAACUUGCAUUUGGUCACCAAGGCCAGAAGCAAGGUCUUCCUGAGUUGUUACAUGUCUUUCAAGAAGCCCCAGCUUCUUCCAACCCAGCAUUUACUGCUCCGCAAAAACAACAAGCUCUUCCCCAGCUGCAACUGUUUGAAAAUUUCUAUCCCCAGCAGCAGCAGCAACAGGCUGCCACACAAGCCUACAGCCUACAGCAAGCUACUUCCAUAGCACAGCCUCAUGUGGCUGCUGCAGCACCUCAGCAUCACAUGAUGGCACACCAGUUUCAGCAAACAGAGAGGAACCAGGAAUUGCUCAAGGCGCUAACAGAGCAGAACCAACAGACUGUGCUACCUCAGACCCAGAUCCCCUUUCCAAGAAGGUCACGGAGACUCUCCAAAGAAGGUGUCCUGCUGACAUCUGCAGGAGAAGUGCUGGCUUCCAAGCAGGCAGAAGAACAAUCCAGCAAUUUAUUUUUGCAUCACUGGCAAACACAUCAGCAAGAGGUCCCAUUACAGCAGCCUCCUGAAGCACUGGCCCACAGCAAAAGUAGCUAUUCACACCCCAAGAGAAUGGAUCUGGGGCAGAAGGACGUCCUGGUCAACAGCGAGCUGCAGCUGCGCCAGGCAGAGGCAGACAGGCAAGCCACAGCCCAGAAUGGUAGAGAUGGAGAAAAGCAGACAGCAGCAGCUGAAGAAAGCACUCAGAGGGCUAAUGACUUUCCAGGUGUCAGAGGUGGGGUAAUCCAGAGUACGCGAAGGAGACGGCGUGUUUCUCAAGAAGCCAACCUGCUAACUUUGGCCCAAAAAGCUGUCGAGCUGGCUUCUCUUCAGAAUGUCAAGGAAUUGGAUGCUUCAGAAGAGAAGAAGAGUGUGCUAGUAGCAGCUCCAGGACCUACAGCUGCUAAAAGUGUUGUGGAAUUUGCCAGUUCUUCACCAGCUCCCAAAAGAGCCCGAGAAGAUAACAGCCUUGUGCCUCUUAUCAUUCCUGUGUCUGUGCCAGUGAGAAAAAUUGACUUGCAGAGCCUUGGAAAGGAGAAGUGUGAGGAUGGGAAGCUCCAGAGAGGCCAAAUAAAUGAUCGGGCUCCUUGUGAACGCAAGCCUUCUGUGAUAGUCACUCGAAGACGAUCUAAUCGUAAUACCAACAUGGAAACCUCAAAUCAGCAUGAAGAUGCUGUUCCAAAGGAUGAAGCAGAGGGCUUUGCCCGGAAACCAAAGCAGCGCCCAAGACCUGAGCCACUCUUCAUACCACCGAAAGCUGGCACAUUCAUUGCACCACCAGUUUAUUCCAACAUUACUCCAUAUCAGAGCCACUUACGGUCACCGGUCCGUCUGGCAGAUCAUCCUUCCGAUAGGAACUUUGAGCUACCUCCUUACACUCCUCCUCCAAUUCUUAGCCCAGUGAGAGAAGGAUCUGGGCUGUAUUUUAAUGCUAUCCUCUCUUCGAGUGGUCAUUCAGUUGCACCUCCAAUGACUCCUAAAAGUGCUCACAGAACUCUGCUUAGAUCUAAUAGUUCAGAAGUUACCCCUCCUGUUCUUACAGUAAUGGGGGAAGCCACCCCAGUCAGCAUUGAACCGCGAAUCAAUGUAGGAACCCGCUUUCAAGCAGAAAUCCCAUCUCUCCAAGACAGAUCUCUGGCUGCAGUUGAUGCGCAUAAAGCAGAGUUAGUGUGGCAGCCGUGGGGUGACCUGGAAACCAACAAAGUCACUCAAGAGAGUGUGGAAAAUCUGCUAGCCGCUGCAUGUUCAAGCAUUUUUCCUGGGGCUGGAACCAACCAGGAGCUGGCACUGCAUUUCUUGCAUGAAGCGAAGGGAAGCGUUCUGGGGGCUUUGACCAAACUGCUGUUGAAGAGGCCAGUACGAUCACCUACCCACCCUCUGGCAGAUUAUCACUACACAGGAUCAGACAAGUGGAAAGUUGCUGAAAAAAAGCUUUUCAAUAAAGGCAUUGCAAUCUACAAGAAAGAUUUCUUCUUGGUCCAAAAGCUUAUAAAAACCAAGACAGUGGCUCAGUGUGUGGAAUUCUACUACACGUAUAAGAAACAAGUGAAAAUUGGUCGGAAUGGGACCUUAAUUUUUGGGGACAUUGAUGUUACUAAUGAGAAGUCUAUGAAAGAUGAAGCUGAAGUUGACAUCAAGAGUUCCCAUAGGUUUGCACGUGUGCUUCCUCUCAGAAGGGACAUUUACAGUGAAGAACAGGGGCAUGUGGAGGAAGAGGAGGAGGAGGAAGAGGAGGAGGCAGAGGAGGGGUUGGAUAACAGAAAGAAGAGUACAGUUCCCCUCAAAGAUGCACAGACACUACCAGCUGGUGUAAUAGCCAAUGAUGCCAAUAUAAGGAGUCAAGAGGCAGCUGUCACAGGCAGGAUCGCAAGGAGGCCAAGGGAAACAGCAGUGAAGCCUCGAAAGCCUGUUAAUGCUCCAGUGCAGAGGAGGAGGCGGAAACAGAAGAUAAAAUCAGAUGCUCCCAGUAAAGCUCAGAACCCAGAAAACACGUUUCCAUGUAAAAAAUGUGGCAGGGUGUUCUACAAGGUGAAGAGCCGCAGCGCUCACAUGAAGAGCCACGCGGAGCAGGAGAAGAAGGCAGCCGCGCUGAAGCAGCAAGAGAGAGAGGCAGCAGCAGUGGCAGCGGCAGCAGCAGCCCACAGCCAGGCCCAGCAGGAGGAGAGCAGCGAGAGUGGGAGCAGCAGCAGCGGAAGCAGCGGAGGGAGCUCAGAUGAGGAUGGAGAAAUAUAGUAGCAGGCCAGAAGUGGAGGGAAUACCAAGGCUGGACCUAACCUCCCUCUUGGUUUUGCUUUCUUGCUUGCACUUUUUCUUACCUGAGCUGAUUUACAGCAGGUCUCAGUUUCAGUGCUGCCAUUGCCUCAUGCCACAUGUUCCACUUCACCUUGCCAGUACUGACCAAGCCAGAACAGUGGAAGAAAAGAUUUGUUUCAACUUGGAUUUUUUUUAAUUAUUUUUAACAAAUAAGAUUUCUAUUUUAUUUAUAAUAAUAUCUGAGGUACAUAACAGAACAAUGUCACCUGCAGUGGAAGUAAGUUCUCUCAGGUCAGCCAGACCUUUCUUCUUGUCAGGAGACAUGGUAACAGGACUCUUGGAUAUAAAGGUUUCCAGACCUAAGCAAGAAAAAGAUGCUCUGCUCUGAGCUAACUGUAUCCAGUUACUGUGACACUGGUGAUUUCUAGAUAUUUCCUUUCUCAGCAAGUUCCCCUUCUUGUUAUACACUUUUCUGCCUUUUUUUCUGAGAGUUUGUGGGCUGCCAACAAGUUUUGUGGAAAGAUUAUAUGCACUUCCAGCCUCUGCUUGACAAAAAUGAAAAGUGGGAUGAGCAAGACACUCUUCUUCCUUUUUGAGAUGAAGUUUUAUUUUUCUGAGGGACGCCUGAGGUGGUUUUCUUUCAUGCCAUCAAGAACAAAGAAAUAGAUAUAAAAUAUCCUGUGGGAUUAGAGUAGCCACAGACCAUGUGCAGGUUGUGUCUCAUCAUGGAAAACAAAAUAGUUGGCCUUUGAUUAACUUCUUGGAAAGUAGUCUGGGCUUCACAAGUGCAAUUUGAAAUGAAAACUGGUGGCUUUGACUUUGCAUAAAGAGGAGCGAGUUUGUUAGUGAAAAUGUCCCAAGACCUUGUGUGUCUGCUGCACUGUGCGCCUCGGAGAUGGGAAGACUCUCAUGUCUGUCAGGCUCCUUAAAUCCCUCCAGGAAUGGCUCUUACCUCUCAACACACACGUUUCUUUCUCCUAGUAGCCCUCACUUGCUUCUUGAAACGGCCGUCAUCAAGAGCUUGUACUGGUGGGGCCCUGGGUUUCCAAACACUUCCUGACAGGCAGCGUAUGGCUGUAUGUACAGGAGGAGCUUUCUUUUAUAUCCGCACAAGUGACUGGACAGCCCUGCCUGCUGGGGUGUCCUGCUGCGACCACUCUGCUGGCUGAAAUGCCGCCUUUUCCUUCAGAACUGACGCAAGCUAACAGCCAAAAAAGCCUAGCCACCAAAAGCCUGCUGAUGAAAGAGACUUAAGAGGAAGCUAAAGUGGUCCAGGUGACAUACAUGUUAGAAUUGCACAGGAUUAUCACUAUUUCAUGAAGAAGUAAAGAAUCACAUAAUUUCCUUGUGCUUCGCAGCCGGUCAGUCACAGCCCAGUGCUCUGGCUACCCAGCUCCCUCCCUCCCUCCCUGCAGGCCAGUGCUCCGUGCUGCCUGCGUUCCCAGUUUCUGGGGUGCCAGCAGCGUGUCAGACCACGCGCGUGGCUCCAAGGGGCAGUCCUGCAGGAGCUGGCCGCUGUCUUCCUGAGCAGGGCUCCCGGGUGGGUGAACGACGUGAGCGUUCCCAGCUGGCUGGUUUCUAAAUCCUGACCCUUCUAGCUGCUAGAUAAAAUUCCAGGUAAUAAAUACUUGUCAAGUUACUAUGGAAGGUGGAUCUAACGCCAGCAUGCCAUCUGCCCCUCUUCUCCCGCCCCAGGUAGUUUUAUGCAACCAGGAUUGUUUCGCUAUGAAAGUCUGGAAGGCUGUGUGUUCUGUCAUGUUUUCUUUAAAAGACAGGCUGUUGCAUAGACUCCUUUUUCUUUAACAGCAGAAACAAUAAUUACUCUUACAAUAAGUAGGAGUAUUAAUUAGUGAGGGCUGCACUUUUCUUUUUCAAUGUUAACAUUUUUGCCUGUACACGUUCUAUUUUCUGCCAAUGCUAUAUUUCUCAUUCCUAACAAAAUUAGGUUUAUAUCAAUUCAGAGAUCAAACGACCAAAUUACAAUCAAGACCCUUCUGUACAAUUAUCUAAAGCUUCAUCCCUUUCAGCACCUGGACAACUGUUUCCGUGACCCUACACAAACUGGGAUCUUGUUGACCAGACUCUGGAAGCAGAUGGCACAUCACUAGCUGUUAAAAUCCAUUAGAAAACUGUAAAGAGCUAAAAGGUACUAAUCUUUAAACAGAAGCUUAAGCAAAUCAGUCUUCCUAUUAGCAUUUCUGCAUUUGUAAAUUGAAGAAAAUGCUUGUCUACCUUUAUCCCCGUUCCCUUACAGAGAACAGAAGCUUUAGCACACAGUGCCUGGAUGACCAGUAGGUGAAGCAGCUGGGCCUGGUGGUCCACUUGUAGUACCAGGGUUAAUUCCAGUAAAAACCAAUGAUGCAAUUAAAUUUUAAGAUCUCAGGUAUGUUUCUGGGAAGUUGCCAAAAGCUGCCCAAUCUUGAGAACUGCAGGGUAGUGGGACAUGUGAGUAUAUUAAAAAAAGAAAAAGGCUUUGACAAUAAUGUAGAUGUUAUAGUGUUGUAGUGAGUAUGUAGCCCUAGAGUACAAUGUUUCAGCUGUAGAAUGGUGUACGGUUAUUUAGCGGAGACCGUAAAGGCCUAGAAACACACGUCAAAGAAACGGAGAUACAGCUGCACGGGCACAAGUUGAGAAACAUGGCAAACGUGAAGAUUUUUUAGGUUGGAAAAGAGAUCUUGAGACUUGACUAAGCUUGAGAACUACAAUAAGGUUAAUCAAACUGUCUAAGGAAAAUGCUUUCACUGUCAUUGUUCACACAGGACAAAAGCAGCUAAUGUGUAAUCCUUUAGAAAAAACCAGAUUGUCCAAACUGGGUCAAGCCAAAGAUCUGUCUAGCUCCGUGUCCUGUUUUUGACAGUGAUCAGGAGCAGAUGCUUAGGAAAAAAGUAUAUGAACAGGGAAAGCAGGGAAUGUCUUGGUAGAAAACAAGAUGCUAAACUGGAAGGAUUUACUUGUGUUCUCCAGUAAGGCAAAGCUGCAGAUAGAUUUGUCCUUAAACGUCCAGUCUCCGUAUGGGCAGAAAAUGAGCACAUUUCUUUGUCUUCUACUUUUUGCUCUGUGUAUCGCAUCACUUGCAUUUACUCUAGUAUUUUUAGUGUCCCAGAGUGUGCCUGGCUGAUAAUGAGCAAAAAACAUUUAGUCAUGGCCCUCAGGAAUUUGCAAGGUUGCAGUAGUUUUAGAUGUGACAUAGCAAAUUAUGGUGGACAAACAAUUGAUGAGGUAAAAUGAAGUGCGAAGAUUUAAGGAGCAAAUUAUGUGAUUGCUUUAAGUACCAGUUUAGUUGUCUUUUAGGCUUAAUAAUGCUUUAGAGUAGGCAUUAUUAUAGUCUUCCUAAAGACCAGAUCUUUCGCUGAUGUUCCCUAUUUUCAGGAAAUAGAUAGAAGGGUCAUUUUUCUCUUUAUCAAGGAUAAGCCAUGGAGGUGCUGAUAAGAACAAAUCACAGGGUUUUUUUAAUUGCACAAAAAGAUGCGUGUAUUACACACUGAGGAAUCCAGUACUGAUUGCUUCUCUCCCACCCCACUGCAGUAGAAGCUGAAGAGGACAGGAGGAUUUGAUGCACUGAGGGCUGCUGCUGAAAGACAAUCAGGACAGGGCUUUUUCUGUGGGUGUCCUCUAACUGUGGGUUGGCACGGCUCACCCACAUCAGGUUGAGAAUUCCAAGUGGCAUUAAAUGCUUAAUCUGGAAGUGCUUCUGAGCAUGUUUACAUGCCGCUAGCAGCUACUGGAAGACCUUUUCUCUGUGGUGGUAAUUGGUAGUAAGUUUAAAACAAAAAACCUCUUGAGUUUCUUGUUUAAUAAUAACGAAAAAAGACAACCCCCAAAACCAACAAACUAACUUGCUGCAUGCUUGCUUACAGUAGCAGUUUGGAACUGAUCCUAUGCCCAAGUUAGAUCCUGCCCACUAUCAACAGUUGGCAGAGGUGUGUUUUGUUUUUAAACACUGUGGACAAAGUAUUUGAAUUGAAUUUGUCUGAUCUGGAAUGAAUUCUGGUACAUUUCUUAGUGGGGAAAAUACGUGAGCGGUUCUAUAUCACAGCGCAGUGUUAAGUUGAGACUGUGUUGUUCCAAUUAUGAUUAAAAAACAUGACUCUACUGUUCUGUUGCUUUGCUCGUUUUAAAGUCCUUUGCUCAUUAUUUUCCAACAUUUAAAAGCACAUUUGCCCAUCUUCAUUUAGUAUAAGGGUUUGCUACGUGUUCAGAAGAAGGCACUGUACCCUUCCUCAUUAAGCUGAGUUUGAACAAGGCUUCUUUUUGCUUCAGCUGUCUUUUCUAUGGAAACACAAUAGAAGACUCAUAGACUGCAAUUCUGUAAAUAUGUAUUAAUAGAUCUGUCUUUUAUGAUGAGAGAUCAGGCUUCAGAUGGACAUAAACCUAGUAGUCAGGUGGCUGUAUUUCAAAACCAUUUUGUAUUUGAGUCUUGAGGCAGGCUCAGGAGAUGGGCUUAUGGUCAAACUGUAUUUUGCCCUGAUUGUGUAUUUCUGCCUAUGCUGCCUACCCUUCAGAGCUGAGCUAUCACUGUUCAACCUCUCGGGUUUCUAAUUUGCAUGGGAAAGCAUCUCAGUUUUGCACGACUGUGUGUAUAUAAUUGCUAGUUGUAUGCAUGCACUUGUGAUGCAAAUCUGAUGUAGCUGCAGGUGUUUAGCUGUCUAGCUGCAAGAACUCUGCAUUUUAAUUUAUUCAGCAUUGUUCCAUUUAAAGUCAUGGGUGGUUUUGCUUAACAGGUAACACUAAUCUGAGAGAACUUAGUUAAGUUUAAAGCCUACAGAAUUUCAACUGGCUAUGCAGGACCUUGACAUUUUAAUACCUAGGAAUAUAGCUGUUUGAAGGCAGGGCAAGGCUAGAAAUCCUGAAGCUUACAAGUAAAUUGUCUAUUAAUCCCAUACUAGUGAUGUAAUGUGAGGUUUAAAUUAGCUAACCAGGCAUCUGACUUACCAAAUUGAAGUUUAAGGUUGUUUUUUCUUAUGAUUGCAGUAAGCUUAGAUUAAAAUCAACAUCCAAAAACAGUGUUUCCUAAACCACAAAGACUGAGCUUUCUCACUGCCUCAGCUGUUUUAUCUUAAUUCUCUUUUGGGCAGCGGACUAGGAAGACACAGUAUAGAAGUACCCUGUUGUGAAACAAAUGUGAGCGGGGAGGAUGGCGUAGCCGUCAGUCUUGUCUCCUUUCAGUGUCUGUGCCUCACUAGGAGAGCCUCCUACAGAGGCACUUUGAGUCUAGCGAUUACCUCUGCCAGAAACCUCUUAAUAAACCACAUUUUCCCAUGCAGACUUUCUCCCUGUUUCAUCUUCUAAUGUAUGUCUGAACAUUUAGGAAGUUUUAAAGAGAUAGAGCAGCAGGGUCUAAGAACGAUGCUUGAUUUUUGUGAGGGUGCGUUUCAGCUGCUUUACUCGCCCACGUUCUCUCCUAUGUCAAAUGUUAGGAAGACACAAACUUUGAAUCCCCGGCUGUCUGAAUGUUUCCUUUCCGAAACUUGGAUUCCAUGGGCAGCUGAGCCUGUAAGAUCCUUAACUUCUCAAGAUUAGAGGACAACAUAUAUUUUUAUAGAAAUGUAAUUGUAUAUUUUAAAAACCUGCUUCCUGCAGCUUCUCCGCAUUUAUUUUUUC